AACUGAAAUACCGAAGCAUGGCAUACGUAUAUGACAACAAAAUUAGCCAAUUGCAUUAGUGACAAGCUGAAAAUAGCAAAUGUAAGCGUAUUCGAUUGUAUUUAUGUAUUUAAACGCUUCUGUGUGUUAACGUGUUGUGGGAAUUUUGAAAAUUUAAAUAAUUUGAAAAAGUGUUAAACUACUUGUGCCAGCAGCCGAGCAACCCAGCGCCGAAAUUGACAAAUGUCAGCGGUUGACUGCUGUCAAUGUGACACUUGAGUUUGUUAUUGUCGAUUGUUGAUAGUUUUGUUGUGUCGUUUGGAAUGUGCAUCGAGAAAAUUUGUGCUAAUUUUGGCAAUUGGGAUUUGUGAAUUUGUUUAUGAAAAGCUCGGCUUGUGCUGUGUGCGUGUGGUUGUAACUGCAGCUUGUAAGUUUAGUGCUUUCAGUUCUUGUAUUUAGAAAAAUUUCGUGCUUUCAUCGGGGUGUUCGCUUGACAUGAACAAUCAAAGCAAUGUUCGUUUGUGCCGUGCCGUGCAACAUCAGCCGUGUAUUUAUGAUCACGCCGUGGCGAAUGUGGUUACGCGAGAGGCUUACGAUCGUGCCUGGCUGGAGAUAGCCAAAACGUGUGAGGAGUCAGUUGAGAGCUGCAAGCAACGUUGGCGCGUUAUACGAACCACUUUCGCACAACAACUAAUUGUAUCACCCAAAACGCGUAAAGGUAAUCGCGCACGAGAGAACAGCCUCCACGAUGUGUUAGAAUUUCUCAUACCUCACAUAAAUGACGAACUGCCGUUUCGCGAAAGCGACGAUGAAGGAGCAGAGAUUGAAACGACACGUGUUGAUAACAAAGCUCAGGAAAAGGCAGGCGGCUCGAUCAAGACUGAAGUAGACGACGAUUUAUUAAAAGAGGAUGUGAUCAAACGCGAAAACGAUCAGUUAAAAGGAAAUAUUAAGAAUGAGGUAGGGGUUAAAAUUAGAGAAAAACAUAAUACUGAAAAUGUUAAGGUAGAUGCUGUGGGCAAAAGACCACCAUCUGCUAGACUUAAAGUGUUGAGAAAGAUUAGCGAGGAUAUUAAAGUGCCUGAAAGUAAGCCUAUUAGAAAGACACAGUCCUUAGGAAAGCUUGUUAAUGCAGAAGAAAGUCUGCAACCUUUUCUUGAAGCUGAAGUGACUAAGAAAUCAGCGAGCUCAAAGAGUAAAGUCGGCACAUUUUACAUCAGUCCCACGAAUAGUGAGUCCGGUACAUUUUUUAUCAAGAAAAAUGGCGAUGGCAAUGAACUUGAUGCCGCACCAGAAAAUGAAGCCAAUGCAGCAACUACUGAGAGUAUUUUAGGCGAAUCGGAGCAUAAUGAAAUUGAGCAGCCAGAGAGCAAUGUUGAUGAGACUGAAGUUGACGAACAAAACGAUGAGUCAGGAGACGAUUUUAUUAAAACACGGCAAUAUCGUUACAAGCGCGCUUGUAAACGUGGCUCGAGUAAGAAGGCGGCCAACCAGCGUGAUUUGCGUCUAAAAGAUAGUUCCAUGAAAAGUAUUAGGCGAGGCGCACCCCGUUUGAGAUCACUAGGCGAGGCUACAAACCAACUGAUAGCGGCUGCUAAGUUGUCGAAGAAAACAGGCGACACAGCGCCAAUUGAAAACCAAACCACAAAUCUUACAGCGCAUAAAAGAACACGUACCUUAUGUAUACCGCAAGGUGAUAUCAAUAUGGUAGGGUCACAACAAGCCACAGCCACAAUCAUGCAAACGUUAAGACAGGAAAGUUCUUUAAGUCCAGCUGCAAAAGUUGCAUUGCACGAUCUCAAUUCUUCACAAGCUUAUACCGAUCAAGGCGUACAAUGCAGUCUGCCGCCAGCUUCAAGCGACGACGAGUUCUUCGACUCAUUAAAACCCUACUUGAGCGAAAUGAAUGCGCGCCAAAAGUUGCAUUUCAAGAAGAAGAUCUUCGAGUCGUUAAUGGAAGUUUUCGAUAGCCCUAGCGAUUUCCCGACAAACGACGAAACGAAAGCCAUCAUACCGAAGCAAUUGAGCGCCGUCAGUGGCGACGAGUUGCAUUUGGUGCGCGAACUCGUCGCUAUGGUGCAAGCAGCCAAGCAUACGCCAGAGAUCAACUUGAACUUGAGCGGCGGUAGUAACGAGUUGGUCGCCAAGACAAGCGCAGAAAAGUGCGCUAUGAAUUCAUCAACUCCAUCGAUAAACUCGAGCGGUGGUAGUAGCGAGUUGGCCACUAAGACGAGCGCAGAAAAGUCUGCUAUGAUUUCAACAACUCCUUCGAAGAACUUAAGCGGUAGUAGUAGCGAGUUAGCCGCUAAAACGAGCGCAGAAAAGUGUGCUAUGAUUUCACCAACUCCAACGAUGCGUUCUACGCCAUCACAACCGCCACCGCCACUAUCACUACGUGUUUCACCUUACAAUGCUCCAACAACAACUGCAUAUCAAAAGGCAAAUGGGCCAACACCCAUAUUGCUCUCCAGAGCCGGUGGAACUGCAACUUUGACGCAAACAACAAACACCACGACCACAACACCAGGCUUACGCCUUAUACGUAAAUUGGUUAAGGUGAACGAUGUCGGCUCUUCCGCUCACAACUUGCCCACCACAAGUGGUGCUUAUGGGUCGAACAACGGUGAGAUCGUGCAUCGACGCAUUUACCGAAUUUACCCCAAAAUCAAUGAAACUUACGUCAAUUUAGAGAAUGCCGUGAAUGCCAGCGGCGUUGGCACGUUCAUUGUGCCGCGCAGCACCGCUGAGGCUACAUUCAAUAAGGUCGCAACCGGCAAUAAGUCGGCCACCACCGCUUCACCAACUCCCACCGCUAACACAGCAACUAAACAAAAGCUACGUCAGUUAGUAACACCAGUUAGGGGUGCUAGUUCCUCGACAGCCGCGUUACCCGCGUCCGCGAGCUCAACUCAUGCAGCCGUUAAGGCUGAUGGCAAGCCAUCAACAAUUCGUGUCGGUGCGCGUCCGCCAGCGCGCCGUUAUUCAGUUUGUGGCGCCUUACCGAAUGUUACUGCCAGCAGCAACUAUUUAACUACCACUGCCAGUGCCAAAGAACCGGUGUCCACCUCACCGAAAAUCACAAUUGCCCAUCGUUGUUCGCCCGCUCAUGUCGUGGGCAGAGAGGUUUUCAAAUUACCCACACCUUUUCGUAGCACAAUAUCCAGCGUAAACGCUACUGUCUCAACUGUUCUCACUAACACGACUUGCGCGCGAACCUCGCCGGCACUUAGCGUGAGCGCUGGUGAUCGCAGUCCGGCUAUGCGUGCGGUACCCUUCAAUAUGGGUUACAACAAAUUCGUGCGCAAUGAUGACAGAACACCUGUGUGGGCGUCCUCCAGCAAUCCUAAGGCUUGUCGUGACUCUUCAAGCUCUUCACAUAGCAACGCCAUUUCGUCAUGUUUUACGGCUUCUGGUCCCGUUGUUGGCGACAAGCGCUCGCUCGCAACGCCCGCGGAAUGCGGAAAGCGUAAAUGCUCUCUUACAGAGCAGCAAAAGGAAUUGGAAGCUGCAGACGGCGAUAUGGCGGAUAUGGGCAUUAUUUCUCCGGAUGACUUUGCCGUAUUGAAUAUUAAAAGUGAACCAGUUGACGAUGAUUGAAGUUUUUCUUACAAAAAAUAAAUGUUUAAUUUUGUUUUAUAAAUUUAUAAUUUUUUUCGAUUUAUUGCUGGUUUAUAUUACUAAUGUGAAUUAAAUUGUUUAUUACUACUGAGUUAUAAUAAAUUUGAAUUUAAAAGUUAUGUUCCAUAA